AUGAAGUUCUUCGCUACCCUCGCUACCCUCGCCCUCGCCGGCCUGGCCGCAGCCCAGAGCGCCAACUUCGGUCUCCCGGCAGAAAACGUCGAGCUGAAGGCCGGCUCCGAGACGAUCGUCCAGAUCCAGCGUCCUAACACUCUGACUUCCUCGACCGAGAUCGGUGUGGCCAUUGGUCUCUCGACCCUGGACGAGCCCGCCGACGAGGUCUUCGGCACUGUCCUCCACACUGGCCCCUUCGAGCCCAAGUACCACGAGAGCCGCUCUCCCCCAUACCAGAACUUCACAGUCACCAUCCCCGAGGGGACCAAGAAGGGCAAGGCUCAUCUCACGAUUGCCCAUGCUACUCUGAUCGGCGCUGGACCCUACCCGGAUCUACAGACCCUGAACCGCACGGUGACGAUUGUGUAA